UUUUUUUUUCACCAUAUAGAAUUUACACAAGAUGUCGAGUAAAUCGAUAUUUGAAUUGGCAGCCAUAUCCAAUUCCAUUUCCAAGUUGACUAGUUCGAGUGCAUCAGUGGUUUGUAAAGAUGUGAAGUUUGCUUACCAUCACUCUGCUUUAUUAUAUCCAAUAAGAAGAUUGGAUUCCAGUGCUUCUUUAUACAGAGACGCUAGAAGCAAAUCAGAAAAGAGUCGUCAGAGACUGGUGAGACAUUACUCUACCAAUUCCUUUACCCAUUCACAAUUUAACAAUGAACGCAGUGCUACUCCUGCAAGUGCCGUGGCAGUUGCAGUGGAAGGACAAACCGUUGAAAUGAAAAGUCAUCCAAGUAAGCCAGUUGGUAAACCAACUGGCAGCAAACCAGUUACCAAGUACCAAAUGUCUCAAUCCGAAGUUCCAAGCACAAGAUUGGCUAGAAUUUUCCAUUACGGUAGUUUGGCUGCCGGAAUGGGGAUUGACGUUGCACGUCAAGGUAUCAAGCACUACGCUAGUGGUAAUCAAGGCGAAGUUUCCAUGAAGUCGUUGAUUUUGAGUCCGGCCAAUAUCGAAAGAAUGGCGAAAAAAUUUUCCAAAAUGAGAGGUGCAGCCCUUAAAAUUGGUCAAAUGAUGAGUUUCCAAGAUUCUUCGAUUUUACCAAAGGAGAUUCAGCAAAUUUUGUUGAGGGUCCAAAAUUCCGCUCACUAUAUGCCUCCUGCUCAAUUGGAAAGGGUCAUGAAGAGUGAUUUGGGGGCUAAUUGGCGUGAACGUAAUUUCACCUCUUUUGAUGAUGUUCCUAUUGCUGCUGCUUCAAUUGGUCAAGUUCAUAAUGCAGUCACUGAAGAUUUAACUCUGGUUGUUGUUAAAGUCCAAUAUCCUGGGGUGGUUGAUUCCAUCGAUUCCGAUUUGAAUAAUUUAUUAAUGUUGAUGACUGCUUCUUCAAUGUUACCUGCGGGUUUAUUCUUGGAUAAAACCAUUGCCAAUGCUCGUACCGAAUUAAAAUGGGAAUGUGAUUACAUUCGUGAAGCUCAAAAUAUCAUUAGAUUUGGCGAUUUACUAAAAGAUGAUGCCGCUUUCACCGUUCCAAAAGUUUAUCAUAAUUUAUGUGGUGAACAUGUUUUAACCAUGGAAAAAAUGAAGGGAACCGAAAUUGUAAAAGGUGAUUGGGAUCAAGAUACUCGUAAUUGGAUUGCUACCAACAUUAUGAGAUUAUGUUUAACUGAAAUUAAAAAAUUUAAAUUUAUGCAAACUGAUCCAAAUUGGGCUAACUUUUUAUAUAAUGAAGAAAGUGGUAAAAUUGAAUUAUUAGAUUUUGGUGCUUCUCGUGAAUUCGGUGAUGAUUUUAUUGAAGAUUAUGUUGCCGUUUUAAGAGCUUCUGUCAAUAAAGAUCGUAAAGGUGUCGAACAUUACUCUAGAAAAUUGGGUUAUCUUACUGGUUUAGAAAGUCCUUCCAUGGUUGAAGCUCAUAUCGAUUCAAUCAUGGUUUUAGGUGAAGUUUUUUCUCCUCAUGAUAAUCAUGGUCAAGCUUUUAACUUCAAAAAACAAACGAUUACCGAUCGUGUUCGUUCCAACAUUGGUAUCAUGUUAAAUGAACGUUUAACUCCUCCUCCUGAAGAAACUUAUUCCUUACAUCGUAAAUUAAGCGGUGUCUAUUUACUCUGUGCUAGAUUAGGUGCCACUGUUCCUUGUGAAAAGUUAUUCAAAGAUAUCAUUGGUUAUUAAGUCAUUCUCUUUCAUGUUCUUUUUUUUUUUUAAUAUUUUAUGAGUUUAUGCUGUCCUUCCUUAUUUCCCGUAUAUAGAUUUUACAAGAAAAACGUUUGU